UUUUGGUCUGAAUUUGUAAGCAGGGCAUUUUGGUACUUUCAAAGACUUGGGGGCCGGACUGAUGAGGUUCAUCAGAAGCGAAAUGGAGUUGCUCAGUCAGCAUAAACUGUGUAGAGACUGAAGAGUGCAGAGGGAGAAAACAGCAGAGAGAGAGAGAGAGAGCCUGGGGCUCAGUUAAGUCGGCAUUAUUAACUUCCCACAUCUGCCCUUGUGUUCUCUAUGUAUGGAUUCUUCGUUUCAUCUUCAUCACUCGUUGCUUCUAUUCUUAUCUCCCAGCAGCUUCCUUGAUGGACCUUUUCGCCUUCUCACCUUCCCUCUCCCAGCUUCAUACACCUCCACCACCACCAUCUAUAUUAUUCCUUGUUUCCUUUUAGGUUUCUUCUCUUCUCUCUCAUAUAGUCAUAUCCUAUCCUAAUUGGAUUCAGACUUGUAUUUUGCUUGCUGCUAUAUAAAACCAAGGCCAUCGGGACUUGUUUCUUUCUGCUGGAAUGAAAAGGGUGGCUGUUAAUUCUAAGACCACCUCCGAGGCUCACCCUGUUGUUGACGACCGAGCUAAGCUUCAAUUCAGACAUCACACACUUUUGCAACAUCACCUUGACCUCCAAAAGGAGGUCGUAACUAAGAAGAAGAAACUGCAAGCUGCACAGCAGAGGAGAGGCAUCCUUUUGGCCGAAAUUCGAUAUCUGAAAAGAAGGCAGAGGCAUUUGCUGAAGCUCAAUUCUGCGGAAACCAAACCACAAGUUGUCCAGCGGCAUGAAACUUCCAACACAAAACUCAAUAAGUUUUCGAGGAGAAGGAACAGAGAAGCAGUUCUAAGUAAACACUCCCAAGUGGUGCACGAAGAAGGAGAACAACUUGGUCGGGAUCCCAUUGUAGAGGAGAAGUCUAACUCUCGCUUAACCAAUGAAAAGCGAGUUGGAAAGAGAAAGAUUGAUGUGCAAGAUGAGGUUGCUUUUUAAUUACAUGGAUUUGUGUGAAUUGGAACACUCUCAUUGCCAUUGCUAUAGAUGAUACAUAAAGCCUUCUUUUACUUGACGUGUUCUUCACUUAUUCCUAGAUUCCUUCCAAAGCAAUAAG